AUGGGGGAGUGGGCGUUCCUAGGCUCCCUGCUGGACGCGGUGCAGCUUCAGUCGCCGCUCGUGGGCCGCCUCUGGCUGGUGGUCAUGCUGAUCUUCCGCAUCCUGGUGCUGGCCACGGUGGGAGGUGCCGUGUUCGAGGACGAGCAGGAGGAGUUCGUGUGCAACACGCUGCAGCCGGGCUGCCGCCAGACCUGCUACGACCGCGCCUUCCCGGUGUCCCACUACCGCUUCUGGCUCUUCCACAUCCUGCUGCUGUCGGCGCCGCCGGUGCUGUUCGUCAUCUACUCCAUGCACCAGGCCAGCAAGGAGGCGGGCGGCGCGCCGCCGGCCACCCCGUGCGCGCGCGGCCGCCCCGAGGCCCCCUGUCCCCCGUGCGCCCUGCGCGCCCGCCGAGCGCGCCGCUGCUACCUGCUGAGCGUGGCUCUGCGCCUGCUCGCCGAGCUGGCCUUCCUGGGCGGCCAGGCUCGGCUCUACGGCUUCCGCGUGGCCCCGCACUACGCGUGCGCCGGCCCGCCCUGCCCGCACACCGUCGACUGCUUCGUGAGCCGGCCCACCGAGAAGACGGUGUUCGUGGUCUUCUACUUCGCCGUCGGGCUGCUCUCGGCGCUGCUCAGCGUGGCCGAGCUGGGCCACCUGCUCUGGAAGGGUCGCCAGCGCGCGGGGCUGUCCCCGCCGCCGUCGCCGCCGCCGCCCUCCCUGCCGCCCUCGCAGCGCGGGGACCCCGAUCCCUUCGGACCUCCAGCCUACGCGCACCGGGACAGCGAGGCCGAGGGCGGCAGCGGCCACAGCAAGGCGUCGCUGGCCACCGUGCGCCAGGACCUGACCAUCUAGCGGCGCGGUCGG